UAUAUAUAUAUAAACAUCAAUAAAAAACAAAACAACGCGGGAGCAUCAGAGACAGAGAUCUGUUUGGUAACAGAGAAAGAGAAGAGAACAGAAGAGAAAACCGGAAGGAAGGAAAGAUGAUGUCAGGAGGAGUAGGAAAAUACACACACAUUGAUAAUCAAAAAGUCUCUGGAUCUGUUCCUUCUGUUCCAGAUCCAGGCCACGUCACAGUUCAAUUCACCGCAGAUUCGAAUCUGCAGACAUUUCCUCCAUCAGAAUCGCAGGGGAAGAUAUCUGGUGGAACCCGUCCGCCUCGUGAUGCUGAUGAUACAUUUUCAAAACCUGUUUCUGGUUCUGAGGAAUCCCAGCAAGGUGGUUGGUUUCGGACAUUUACAGUUGCUGCAUAUAAGCCGUACUUUGAUGUUGACACGACUGAUGUUUUGGAAAGGAUCAAAUAUUCACUUUUCCCAUUUAGAGGAACUUUUACUGAAAAAACAGUCAGCAACCCAGAUUUGUAUGGACCAUUUUGGAUAUGCACUACCCUGAUCUUUGUAGCAGCCUCCAUUGGCACUUUUGUGACAUAUAUAGCACACAAGCUGCAGAAGAAAGAAUGGAACUAUGACAUAAAUCUGGUGACUUGGUCUGCUGGAGUGUUUUAUGGCUAUGUCCUUCUGGUUCCUCUUGUAUUGUAUGUAAUCCUCAAGUACUUCUCAGCACCAUCAGGCCUUGUCCAGCUAUUCUGUCUUUAUGGCUACUCCCUAUUUGUCUUUAUUCCUGCAUUGUGCCUCUCAGUCAUACCCGUGGAGAUUUUCAGAUGGGUGAUUGCAGGUGUGGCAGGGUUCAUGUCAGCAACCUUUGUGGCGCUUAAUCUCCGAGCCCAUAUCAUGUCUGCAGGUGAAAGGUGGUUUUUUAUCGUAGCAGGCAUCUUUCUAUUGCAGUUGGCACUGUCCGUUGUAUUGAAGCUUUAUCUGUUCACUGUCACUGUAUAAUAAAUAAUAUUGUUCCACAAAGAGAGGUAUGGACAGGUUGUAGAUCACAAAAAAAGAGUAUUUUUGGUCAUUUAAUCAUCCUAUUCUUGCUACAAUAUUUUGCAGAAAUGUUAUUCAACCAUUAGGACCCA